AUGUCGUCUUUUCCUAACAUCACUUCCACUUCUCUGACCUUUUUUCUGAUGGGAGUUCCAGGACUUGAAGCUGACCACACCUGGAUCUCCAUCCCCUUCUGCUGUCUUUACAUGACUGCCCUCUCUGGGAACGGUAUAAUCCUGUUUGUCAUCAUCACUGAGUCAAGUCUCCAUGAACCUAUGUACUAUUUCCUCUCUAUGCUCUCAACCACUGACUUGGGCUUGUGUAUUUCAACACUGGUCACUACACUGGGCAUAUUCUGGUUCAGAGCAAGACAGAUUAGUUUCCAUGCCUGUGUUGCCCAGACAUUCUUUAUUCAACUCUUUACUGUUGUGGAGUCUUCAGUGCUCUUGGCAAUGGUCUUUGACCGCUUCAUUGCCAUUUGCAACCCACUGAGAUAUGCCGCCAUCCUGACUGAUUCCAGAAUUGUCAAAGUGUGGUUUGCCAUCCUUAUGAGGGGGAUAGUGAUCCUAAUGCCUCUGGUCCUGCUUCUUAAAUGUUUAUCCUUCUGCCAAAACUAUGUGCUUCAUCAUUCUUAUUGUUUCCAUCCUGAUAUAAUCCAGCUGUCAUGUUCUGACAAUAAGAUCAACAGUGUUUUAGGACUUACUGCCCUUAUAGUUACUGCAGGAGUGGACUCUAUCUUUAUUCUUCUCUCCUACACUCUGAUUAUUAAGACCAUCCUAAGCAUUGCUUCCCCAGAGGAGUGGCAUAAAGCCUUCAGCACUUGUAUCUCCCACAUAGGUGCUGUUGCCAUCUUCUACAUUCCUCUCAUUAGCUUGUGCUUUGUCUAUAGGUUUGGGAAAAAGGCACCUCCUUAUGUACACACUAUUAUGGCCAAUGUGUAUUUGCUUAUUCCACCAGUGAUGAAUCCCAUUAUUUAUAGUGUGAAGACCAAGCAGAUCUGUAGGGCCAUUUAA